AUGGCGAGUAUGGUUAACGAGAACGGGUGUGGAGUAGAAACACAAAGCCCAGAGCAGCAGGGACCAGGCCGGGGUGCGGCCAGAUGGGGUCCACAACACGCCGGUGCCCGAGAACUGGCCAAUUUGUACUCGCCAGGCAAAAGAUGUCAAGAAUGGAUAAGUGUCAUCCUCUGCUUCUCUCUCAUGGCCUUCAAUUUCAUGCACCUCCUUGCCAAUUUCCAUCUGGGACAUUUGUGGAGCAUCCUGCUGGGCAUCGUGGCAGGAAUACUCACAGCAGACUUUGCGUCAGGACUUGUUCACUGGGGAGCUGAUACGUGGGGAUCAGUGGAUCUACCCAUUUUCGGAAAGGCCUUUAUACGUCCGUUCAGAGAGCACCACAUCGACCCCACAGCCAUCACCCGUCACGACUUCAUUGAAACCAACGGUGACAACUGCAUGCUGACCAUCGUCCCCCUAGCAAACAUGGCCUUCAACUUUGUCACCCUCUCUCCAGCGGAGAUUUACCAUAUCUACCCCUGGUACUGCUACUUGUUUGCACUGGCCAUCUUCGUGACCCUCACCAACCAGAUUCACAAGUGGUCGCACACAUACUUUGGCCUGCCUCGCUGGGUUGUGUUCCUACAGGACUGCCACAUCAUAAUGCCCCGCAAGCACCACCGCAUCCAUCACGUCUCGCCUCAUGAGACGUACUUCUGCAUCACUACAGGUUGGCUGAACUACCCUCUGGAGAAACUGGGUUUUUGGAGGAACCUGGAGGACCUAAUCCAGGGUGUGACGGGAGAGAAGCCCAGAGCGGACGACCUGAAAUGGGCUAAAAAAGUCAAGUAACGCUGCAGGCUAACUGCACCCUACCUCAGAAGACGCUGGCUCUGUCCAUGCUUCUCAUCCCCUUUUUUGCCUCACUUAAACUGUAAUUCAUAGAGAGAAAAACUAACAGUUUCUGAUGCCAUAGCUUUAAGUCUUGCACAUUUUUCUGUUUUUCAAAAGGAGGGCUUUGUUGGUGAUAAAAUUUUUCAUAACUCACUCACGGAGAUAAUCUUCUCAGAUUGCAAUAUAUCUUUUGUAUAUCUAACACAACUCAUCACUUUUUUAAGGCUUUUGCGUAGAAGAUACGGUCAUAUACACUUUCUGAGGAGAUUAAACGAUUACCCCCCUGCAUCAGAGAGUUCAAACAGUCCGAAAGAAAUAAUACUUGAAAGAAUGAACACUCGCUUUUUUUCCUCCUCCAGAGCCACAACUGUUCAUUCAGAAGAGUUGAUCAAUCGCAUUAUAUUUAGCACAGCCUUAUUUUUUGUUCAUCAGUUGUUACAUCUCCACAUUAUCAAGGGUCUACAUGAUGUGCAAGUCAUAAAAUUGGAUUUAGGCCAUGGUAAGUAGUAGGACAGAGGUGAUAAAAAGAUUUCUGGAUUUUUUACCAAUGUUGAUAGCUAAAGAACAAAUUGAUCAAUUACUGUUACAUUUUUUUGUCCUCUUGCAUAUUUGGGUUUAGCUACAUACUUUAGAUAGUUUUUUUUGUUUUUUUUAAGGAGAGCUGAUGACAAGACACACAAAAAUCUUUCUGAAUACUAAUUCAAAUUCCCAGUGUUGUUUCAAAUAUGCAGAAAUAUUUAAACGUUUAAUCAUGGAUCUGAGUGGCUGACUAAUGUGACAGAAUAGGAGUCACUGCAACCACCAAGACACUAAAGGAAAACCAACAGUAAGGAACCAGUCAGCUUCAAUUACUGUCAGAUCCUAAAUUGGCAUUUUAAUUUGGAAUCUGGCAUUUUUCAAAUGUGGUUUGGCCAUUAACAGUUCAAUCACUGAUGAUAGCACAGACACAGCAACCAAGUAACUUUCAAGCUAAAUAAUUUGACCUGUGUAACUGCAGUCAGCAGGGAUGUUUGGCCUUUAGAUAAUCUAAGAAAACAUGCAUUUAUUUUCCUGUUGUGUCUGCUGGGUUAGUCUGCCCCUAAUGAGUAGUCUUUAAAGGUGAUCAUGUGUCGUCUGUAAAAGCAAACAAAAAAAAGCACUUUGUUAUUAUUUGACUCAAUUUUGUAGGAAAGAGGCGCAUGCAGUUUUGUCAAGCUGCCUUACACACCGCAGAUGCAGUACUUGUGUUUCUUUUCUUUUGUUUCCAGCACUUUGUUGUGCUGCUAUUGUAAUUCUGUCAUUCUGGGGUUUGUGUUAAUCAGACACAGAUACCCCAGAGUUAUGUGCCAGCUGUGUGUGACACUGUUUUCGCUCCUUGCGUCUUUUGUAUUAUGGGAAGGAACUGUCAGUUUCAGAGCGUAGCAUUCCCGAUGAGUAAUGUUGUCACCGGUCACCUUCUCGGUAACUGUGACAUACAGACUUGGUGAUGUUUCAAGGGCUUCAGUGAAGGCUGACGAUCCAGGAAUUUCUUCACUCCUAUUGAUGAGAUUAAUUGGUUGGAAGGUUUUUUUUAAUGCUUUAGUCAGUAAUUUGUAAAUGUGUUGUACAGCAAAUAACUAUGCAGUGACAUAAGAGGCCCUUAACUAUACGUCUUAACUCAUCAGAUUAGGUUAAAAUGCCUUUCUUUUUCUAAUAGUUUACACGUAGUUUCUUUGUUUGGAAAACUGGACUUCCAAAAUUUAGCUACUUAAUCUGCAUGAUAAAAUUACUUUUGCUAAUUAAGAUGUCACUUAGGCAGACGUAAGAAUGCGUGCAUGCAUAUAGCAUGUCGGCUUGUGCAAGCAAUACACUGGGUCACCAGCUUUCCUUUGAGUUUGUGUAAAGCAGACACUGAAUAGGGAGGAUUGAGGAAUUAAUUGUACUGCUUUCAAAACAGUGACCCCAAACUUUGACCAAAUGGUCCCAGGUUUGAACCACCAAAAUGUUAUCUUCAUUCCAAGGAAAUCCUGGCCAAGUAUUUCAGGUUCAAAUGGGAGAAGCUAACCUUACUGUUCAGUUGGGUUGACCAGAUUAAAGGCUUACUUGUUAAGCUCCCAAUGUUCUAGUCAAAGUAGACAGUUUAAUGAUAGUAAUAGUGAAUUUUACAGCCAAAGUUAUGCUUCAUGUUAUGUAAUUUUCCAGUUUUUGAAUCCUUCAUACUUGAUUAUAUAAAAAAAUAUUCACCAUAGGUCAACAGCAGGAGUACACUGCAGACUGCAUAGUGCUUGUAGAGUAUUGUGAGAAGCAGUUUUUGUGUGCGCUUGGUAGUAUAAUUUAUGCUGGUAAAUGGAUGGCGUUACAUGUGACAGCAUCAAAGUUUAAGGCCUGCGUAAGUUCUACUCCCGUAGUUCUUCUUGAUCAGUAUUAGGCAAAAUGUUGUUUGUGCCCCAUUAAACUGCAGUCAAUGGACAAAUGAGAAUUUUGGCAGACAGCUUUCUAAAUAAGAAUUUUGACUCUGCUGGAUGUUGCAGUGCUUCAGUAAAUUGCUUUUUGUGAUCUUUUAAAGGUAAUGACAACUUUAAGGAUGUUUUGUGCUUUUGUAAAUCAGCGAAAUAGGAUAAUAGCUAAAGGUAAUAGAUGGAAACACUGAACAUGAUAAUGCCAUUAUCAGUUUGGAGAUCUGCAAAAUGGACAACUUUACAUUAAAAAUAUAUGAUGAGCUCAAAAGGAAACCAAAUCAUAACAAUCAUUGAGAAAGACUUGCUAUAAUUGCUAUUUUUGGCUCAUAGUGGGAAGUCUGUUGAUGAGUUUAACACCUAACAUGCAUAAACUUUAUUCUUAUUCUCCAGAUGAUCUCAGGAUUGUGGUUAGAGUGAUUCAAGUAGUUCAACAUAAAUUUGUGGUAAAGUUAAGGCUGUUAGUUAAUCUAUAAAAGUUUUUUAAAUCACUCAUUUACAUCAAAUUUUAUUGGCCAAAAUAGUCAAAUGAUUUUAUAUGCAUUAUCUGUUCUAUUGUAGCCAUAAAUCAGUACAGUUAACUUGGCCUCUUGUUAUUAAGGUAGACUUUGUGAUUGAGCUGUGUUUGUUUUUUCUGCUUAGAGACAAUGAGCUUUCAUCAGUGGAUUUGAAGGGUAUUUUGUGACAGUGUGUGGUAAUUAAAUAUUUUCCAACGGGAAACAAUUUUAGUCAAAGCAAAUGAACUGAUUAAGUGGGGUGGGCAGUUGUUGGUGGUAUGUUUGACAUGCUGUGUUGGAAUCACUCUUGUAAUGAUCCUUGGACUGUUUAUUGAAUUGCCUUAUCCUCUCCCUGAUUGAUUCACUGUAAAUCUUGCCAACGAUGUGGGAAAACAGUUUAUUCACGACUUUAAAUUGCCCUUCAUUUGACUCUCAGUUGUUCUGAGGCAAGACCCAUAUGGAUGUUGUUAUUGGUUAUGUACAUCGGUGGUGAUGGAGUUUUAGAUAUCGGAAUAAUGCCUUGAUGCCUUUUUGUUGUCUUCCAUUUGGGAGACUUACAGUGUAUAUAUUAAACUGUAUUUAUAAAUAAACUAAUAAACAAUU